UUUUAUCUAGUCUAAGCCACGCCCGUAACAAUAUGGCGGUCGAGAUGAAGUCAGUUUUGUUGAUGCCAAAAGGACCUCUCUCUUCGAUUUUAUUAGAUGAAGACUCCGAGCAUGAUAUUAUGCAUUCUUUUUGUCCUACUGGCCGUCUAUUUGCUUUUCUCACACAAGCUCAGGCACAGUUCAUUGCUACUGAAGGUCAUCCUAAUAUGUCCACUGUCUCUAGUACAUUAUAUGCUAAUAGUUUCAUUGGGAAAUUGGAUGUAAUUACUGACCCCAUACUACCAGCGCCGUUAGCUACAGCUGUGUGUGUGUUACCUAUAGCGCUGAUAAAAGGUGGAGUCCCUCAGUUAUCAAGUAUUGUGAUGAUUGGAUUCGAUGAUGGAUCUAUUGCUGCUUAUUCAAAAUCUGGUAGGAUGAUAUUCAUGCAACAGUUAUCACCUGAUAACUCUGUCAUUAAAAUUAGAACAAUGUCUACCGCUCAGAAACAAAGCACAAGCAGUAUCAUAGUCUUGUUUAAUGGUGGCAUAGUGUGCAUCAUUGAUGGUAUUAGUCUCUCUGAACUUAUCGAAGAGAAAGUAUCAGAUAAAAGUGAUGCUGCUGGUGCUCAAACUCAUUUAAUUUAUAAGAAAUAUAGUUUGGAGCAGCAGACAGGAAGAUUAGAUGCUGCAUUGAUAGGUCAUUCUUUACCAUCUUAUUUCGAUCAUUUAAGAGAGGCUAGUGUAGUAGACGGCUAUGAAAGUAUUAUCAAGCAAGGGCCACUUAAUGAAGCUAAACUAAUAGUAGUGGGAGAACAGCCCAUGAUAUCAUUAUACAGACUGAAUAAAGAUGCUGGUAGUAUCAAUGUCAGUGAGGUGGUCCAUGAGGUUGCUUCAAGGAUGACUAAUGCUGUUUUAGAUAAAUUAUCAUUCGCCUCCGGUUGGCUGGGAUGGGGAGGAGCCAAUCGUAAGACCACACCCACUUCGCCCCCUCAACAGCAAGAAGAGAAGCAGCAGAGAUCACUGAACAUACGAAUGAGUACUAAUAUACCGGAUUUGAGGAGAGUUGUGUGUUCCAUCUCUGUCUCUCCGUUAGCUGAUCUUGCUGCUUUAGUUGACGAGUUUGGGAGGAUCUUAUUGUUAGAUAUUAAUAAUCUGAUAAUCAGGAGGAUGUGGAAAGGUUAUCGUGGUGCCCAGUGUGGUUGGUUGUUGGUGUCUGAUCCAGUCAAUACUGAGAGGCAGACCCAGUGCUUGUGUGUUUAUCUACCAAGAAGAGGAAUAAUAGAAUUCUGGCCAGUACAGUGUGGGCUAAGAGCUGGUGUUUGUUCUAUAGGCAGAAACUGCACCAUCUUCUAUACCAACCGAGCUAUCUUUGGUAGAGGAGACGUCAUCAAAGGAUUGAAUAUACCAUCACCAUCUUUUGGGGAUAUGCUAAUGGCACUAACCCCUGAAGGGCACCUGGUCACUUUUACUGUGCCCUUCUCCUCUCUUGUGAAGAGGAAUAAUCCACUAUCUCAUGAUUUUCACAUUUUGCAGAAUCUUCAAAAGAAUCUCAUUAAAGGGGAGGAAUUGGCUGGUGGGUCAUUUGAAAAUGUUUGUACAGGCGUGAAAUCAUCGCAAUCAUUAUUAGAAGUUAUACAGAUACUGAUUAAGAAUUAUUCUAAAGGGAACAGAUCUUCAUUUACUGCAACUCUUGAUAUUGCCAUCAACAGAUGCACCUCUAAUAAAAACUGUAGUGUCCCGGUUGAAUUAUUAAAUCAUUUCAAAAUCAUUAAAAGUUUGUCUGUGAUGUAUUUUGAAAUUGAAGACAACAUUAAUAUAAUUAGCAGUAAGGAUGUCCCUGUGAUUAGCUCAUUAUACGAGUGUCUCGAUAAUUUUGUCGGAAUGAAAUCUAAAAUUGAAAUAAUUUCUCAGCUAAUAACGUUAUAUUAUGGGCUGUAUCAGUCGUCAAUGAAUGUCACACCCACUUUUUCACUGGCUGAUUUUCUGUUUUGUUUUGAAGUCGGUGUCUGUGAAGUGAGUUGCUUGUUGCCAGAAUCAACCAAUCAGAUUGCAGCCGGAACUGCUAUCGAUCACUUCUCAUUAGACGUUGAGAUUAAAUCAGAUUUGUCUCAGUCAAUGUUAAUGAGCUUAGCAUCUUUUAUAUAUCAGGUCCCUUUGUUAAGGUGUAAUUGUACUGGUUUAAAUCAAAUCCUUGUUAAUUGUCCUGUCUCAUGUUAUUCAUUAACUGUUUUAUUAAUCAAAUAUUUUGCUAGUGAUUUUAUACCAGAGGCUGAGGCUUCGUUAAUUUUAUCAUCUUUAUAUUCAAUACUCUCCACAUUAAUAAAGAAAAUACAUGAAAAGGACAAGCUGCACAGUGAGGUGUUAGAUGUAUUAUCGUGUACAUCAUUUGUUGGUCAGGCUCUCUUGGUUGCUCUGUUGUGUCAAAAACUAAUGCUUAAUCUGGACGGUGGGAGGAGGAGCAAGGAGGAGAAAGAGGAGGAGGAGGAAUGGGAGACUGUUAGGGUUGAAGAGGAGGUGUGGUCAAUACUAAUUGAUCAAUUAAUGAUAUUAACGAGAUUAACAUUGAUAACUGGCUCAAUGACACAACCACUCCCACCAAUAAUGUACGUCAGCGAUGAAUUUGAGGGAGACAUUGGACAAAUGGAAUUAAAUCCUUUAUUUAAAGGCAAUCAAGUUGUAUCUGUGAAUACACUGGAGAGGUGUGGCCCAGUUUUAUUGACUAACUGUAUAGCUAGGAGGAUUGUUGAUAAGAGAGAGAACGGACUCUCAACCUCAGAGCUUUGGAAUAAUCCAAUUAAUAAUGAAAUAUUACUAGAGCUGUUGAAAAUGUUUCCUCACUCAUUGUCACUGGAUAAUGUCCUGGUCUACUGUGCAAUUCAUUCAGCCAGUCAAUGGAAUAAGGAAUCAUCUGACAUGAUAUCACUAUCCUUGAAUUAUAUUGAGUACAUCCAAUCACCAAUAGUCACUAGAGGUGUAUGCAGUUUCCUAUGGCAUGUGUAUCUAGAGAAGAACUUCUUCCAGUUAUUAGAGGACUCAAAAAAGACUGUUGUGUGUAGAAAUAGCUACAAUGCGAGUCUUUUGUGGGCUGGGAGAAGCUUGUUACAUUGUCUAGAACAGCUAGCAUUCUGUAGAGAGGACCUGACUGAUACUCCGACUGAAAGUACAUUGAUUCACAGUCCUUCAGGUAUAUUAUUCCUUCAUUCACUCAUAAAGCUGUUCCCAUCCCUGGACUCCACUCUACUCUCAACUGGUAUUCAGCUAUUGCUACAAGGAGAGAUUCUCUUGGAUGCUGGCUCCACUCUCAGUGUCUUUACUUACUAUGCUCCUGUGGUGCGGUCUUGGUUCAAGAAAGGAUUGUUCCUCUCAAGUUAUAAAAGUGGAGACAAUGUUGGUAAAGCUGUCAUACAAAAGAGGACUAAGUUUCUUAAUGAUGCUGUUAUAAAUAUCAUAAAAGACAGGGAGCCAUCAAUUGCUUCACUGGUUUCAUUCUCUUCAUUAAGAAGUCAACCAGUAACACAAUGCUCUUGCUCUGCUAAAGGCUACACCGAGAUCUCUCUCUCAUUGUCAUCACUCUGGGGAGUGAGUGGUGUCCAGUAUCACUGGAUAGCUAAUCUAUUGUGUGCUGGAUUCACUGACAAAGGAUUAAAUAUAUUCCAUUCCUUGAGUUCAGAGAAAGAGUCAGUUGCUAAUCAGCUACUACAUGUAACGGGUCAACUGUGUGGCUAUUUAAUGAAUAAUAUUGAGGUAUCAAGACAGUCGAGUGUAUUAGCACAAUCACCUCCUAGUCUACUGGAAUGGAUUAGGAAACAGAAAAAUUACUUUUCAUUUAUUGAGUCUAAGCCGAAAUGUACUGGUAACGAUCUUUUGUUUGUUAUGGAUAGUCUAAGGCCGCAUAUUGACCGGAAGAAUGAAAAUAUAAUAAAUGAACUCAUUGUUUUUAUUAAAUUAAUUAACUAAGAUAUUAUACAGCAACGUGACUGUACAG